GCCCACCAACUGCAAGCCGACCACGUUGCGCUCUCGCUUCUGAGAGAGGGGCCGCAACACACGCCACACACACCACACAUCGCGGCAUCAUGGUGUUGUUGAGGAAUGUGGCUGUGCUCGCCGUGCUUUCGUUGUCAGCAGCGGUAGUUAGUGCCUUUGUCCCGGGGGGAAACCCGGGCGGCAUGGCAAAAGCUGCUGCCGUCAAAUUGGAGGGCGGCGGCACCAAGACGCCCAUCAGAGCGAUAACCCACCCCCGGACGAACGUGAAGGAGAUUGCCAGCGUGAGCAACACGGAGGAGUUCGAGAGCUUGCUCGGGUUGGCGAGACCGAAGCAGGUUGUGGCGAUCUGGUUCCACGCAAGCUGGUGUCGGAAAUGCAAGUACAUCGGUACAAGAUUGAAACGCCUGGAUGAGCACCUCCCGGCGUACUUGACGAACAACCUUGUGGUGGUGAGCGUCGACGUCAACCAAGUGGCACAGGUCCCGCAGCGACAAAAGAUCAAGGACCUCCCGACGAUCCAGUUCUUCGUGGACGGAGGCGUGGUCGGGUCGUACGUAGCCAACGACAGGGGGGAGGCGUUCUACGCGAACAUGGAGAAGCACUUGCGUGCGGCCCUCGGAGAAGACGUGGAGUAGUGUGCAGCGCAGAGCGCACUCGUUUAUGGCCCCCUUCCUCCUUUAGACCACACCUUCUUGAAACCUCCUUCCUUUUGGUUGCUCAAGAGAGGCAGACGAAGCAGGCGUUUUGUUCGUCACGGGGAAGGAGAGAGGGGGGGUGUUGUUUGAUUUGAUGGGGUUUUGUAGGAUGUCCGCGACUCUAAAAAAUGUUGACGUCGGAAGACUAGCCGGCUCCUUGCACCAUUGUUUCAGCGCAAGAGAGGACGGGGGGGAUUUCCCGGCCAACAAUCGUCUGUGAGCAUACUUGCACGGCAGUGUGCGUUGGUGAUGAACACAGGACGCAACGCGAGUGUCGCAAGCUGUGUUUGUAAAGUUUUUGUUUUCAUGUGAGAAGGGAGGAAGGGGAUGGUGUUUUUGAGUUACGUUUUCAUUUUAGUCUAGGUUUCAAAAAUAGUUUGAUAUUUGUUGACCCUAGGAAAUACGCGGUAUCUCAAGAGUGCAUCGCACCCCCCAAGUAUGUUGUACGCCAUGGAAGUGUUGUUCGAAGCGUAAUCACUGAGACGACUUGUGUUCCCAAGCACGUGUGGUAGCACUCAAGAGCAGCAAAACCUGCACGUGAUUUCGCCCCGGUAUUUCGAUAUUCUCGCACGCAUAUGGUGCUGUGCUUGCCACCAGCCUUUGUGGUUGCUGAACAGCACGUAUGCUGGCGAUGCCCGUGUAAUGCAUCGCUGUUGCACCUUCUUUUUUUUGCUCAGGAGGGCGUGGCAUUCCGAGAUUUCGAAAACAGGUUUUUGGGAAUUGUAUCUUGUUUUUGUCGUUUCCCACCCUGCCGGGACGAUUGUGUUGUGCCUAAGACAUGACGUGGCCUUGGUGUAUCUCGUUUUGCAAGUUGCCUCUCGGCGGCUAGAAUUUGGCGUGUGGCUCUGUUGGGGACUCGGGAGAUUAGAGAGUGUCGUGGAAACACAUGAGAGACUAGAAAUUUAUGCGGAGAGACCAUUGUCCAUUUCGUUGGGGUUUUUUUAGUACUUUCUGCAGGCGGGAGUUGUGGUCGUUGGACGGAGCCUCCCUCUUGUUGCUACUAUCGUGAGUCGAUGCUGUCAUUUUCUGUCAACUUACUUGAGUAGUUUUUAUUUUUUGGAGAAAAAUGAUUCGGUGCCAUUGUUAGACGCCGAAUAGCUACUAUGCACAAGGAAAUAUUCAAUCCACUACAUACAUG